AUGGUAAAAGAUUGUGUAUCUGCGCGCCCUACAACAACUCUUGCACCAACGACCCCUACAACAGCACGACCUUCACCUUCGACUGCUACAACAACCAUAACAACAACGACAGCACGACCUUCAACCUCGACUGCUACAACAACAACAACACUAGCAACAACAACAGUUCGGUAUCCUAGUCAGUGUUCUUUUGACCAGAAUAAUUUGUGUUUAUGGAUACAAUCGUCUGAUGAUGAUUUCGACUGGACACUUCAAGGCGGACGGACACAGACAGAUGGCACGGGACCAUUAGCGGACCACUCAAUUGGAAAUGUCCAAGGGAAGUACUUGUAUAUAGAAUCAUCUUCACCUAAAGACCAAGGUGAAUUUGCUAGAUUAGAGUCUCCUACCCUGUCUUCUAGAAGAAAGACUUGCAUGUCGCUAUGGUACUACAUGUAUGGAGAUAGUAUUGGCAACUUAACAAUUCUGAUUAAAAAGGGUCAGAACACAAAAUCCGAGAAUGUUCUCUUCAACAUCUCAGGGGAUCAAGGUCAACGUUGGUGUCAUGCUGUUGUAGAAAUACCUGCUUCACCUAUGGUUUAUGAUUACAAACUUGUCAUACAAGGCGAGGUCGGGCCAGGUUAUCUUGGUGAUAUUGCAAUCGAUGAUAUUCUUAUUAGUGAAACCAACUGUACAGUUACUAAAUGCAACACACCAGGCGUUUCUGCAACAAUUGUAGGAUAAGCUCUAAGAGUGCAGCUCGCUCUGAUUUGCAUUGGUUUUUUGUCUUGAUAUCUGAAUAAAUAUAUUAUGAAGACUAA